UGUAAUGAUCCCUUCCGCCGGUCAUUUUCGUCAUCAGUGCAGUGAAAUGACCAGUCAGAGAUUGAAACCGUGUUCCAGACAAGCUGAGCUGGAUUUUAGUCGACGACAAACCAUUUUGUUCACAUUAAACUCUACUUUUGAAAUCAGUGAAGCCUCCCGUGUUGAAUAUUAUUGACGGUAUGUCUGCUGGACCUACAAGGUGCUACCAGUUGCUGUCCGUAUUCAACCAAACCAUCUUCCACCAACACUGACAUGGUCUGUUCUCUGAAAAUAAAUAAACACUACCAUAUAUAGCAGUUGACUGCUAUAUGCUCACCGCAAGACCUCCUUUCUUGAACAAUAUCGUUAUUGUUAGCAUCUUGUGUGUUCAUUAUGUUCAGAAUGCUUCGAUCACGUUUAAACUUAUAUUCAACCCUGUCUUCAUCCUCCAACGUCAUAUAAGUAAAAUAAAGUAUUAUGACUAGCCAGGCAGGAAUUAUAGUUAAUUAAUAGAAUUAUCGUUGCUUCCUGGUUAAAGGUUUGUUUAUCAACAACAGCAGCUUCUAACCAGAGGUACCGUUAACUUCGGUCUUAACCGCGGGAAUCGGUUUUAUGUCAUCAUACUUCCUUCUUUCUUCAGUUUCCCAAAGAUAAUUCAAACUGGGGUGUGGCAAGUCCCGAUCAAGACCAGUUAGUCCUAACGGUGCAGGUAGAAAUAAUAGCUGCAUGGACAAGUCAGUUGACAAACAGCAAGCUGUGAAGAACAUGGUUCCUCAGUUUCCUGCUGCCGAUUCCCAGCAGCGUUCUUCAUCAUCUUCUGCGUCUUCAGGUGGACGCAACAAAGUUGCUCUGAAGGAAUGCCGAUCCUUAAUGGACUGGAUACGCUUAUCGCGAAGUGGUGAAGACCUUACUGGAAUCGGGGGAAAGGUAAUUGAUGUCACCCCAGAAGAACUGAGGAAACACAAUACUGAGAAUGAUGCUUGGAUGGCUAUAAGAGGUAAAGUAUAUAACGUCACACCGUAUAUGGAGUAUCAUCCUGGCGGUAUUGCUGAGUUAAUGCGUGGUGUCGGUAAAGAUGGAACCCAGCUGUUUGAUGAGAUCCAUCGUUGGGUUAAUGUCAAUUCUAUGCUUGAGAAGUGUUAUAUCGGACAAUUGAAGAGUGAACAGUUCUUUGAAAAGAAAAAUUUCAGUUCAAGACUAAACUUUCCCACUCCUGUGUUACCUCCAGUUUUUAAAGAACCACCUGCCACUACCAAACAACCAAGUUCUGAUUGGUUCCAGAGUGAAACCUCAGUUACAGUAGUUCUCUAUACACAUUGCACUUCUAUGAAAUCAGAAUAUGUUAUUGUUGAUCGUGAUGAUAACGACUUACAAAUUUUUACAUUUAUUAAACCAAAAAUGUUUAAAAUGCACAUCAAUUUAACAGAAGAAAUUACAUCUACUGACAAAGUGACAGUGAUGCAGUCAGGAGCUGUUCAAAUUGUUCUUAAGAAAGAAAACCCUUUAAUUCAUUGGCCUUCAUUAGGAGAAACCCUUGAACAAAAUUUCACAAAGACUCACCCAGAAACCCUUUCAAGAGAUUGUAUCAUAGACACAGUAAAGCAAUUAACACAUGACACUAAAUUAUUCCGAAUAUCAUUACCAGAAGGUUGUUUAAUGACUGUACCAAUUGGAUUUCAUUUACGAGUUUAUCACACGAUUUCAGAUAUGGAACUAUAUCGGCAAUACACAUUAGUGCUACCAUCAAUGCAAGCUGAGGAUCAGGAUAUGGCUUCAGACCAAGGCCAUUUUCUAUAUCUCAUGAUAAAGAUAUACGAACAGGGAGCAUUAACGUCCUGGAUCAAUACGCUAAAAAGUGGUAGCUCCAUUAAAUUAAGUUUGUUUGAAGGAAAUUUUGAUGAAACAAGACUCGAGAAGUGCAGUCAUUUAAUCCUGUUUGCUGCAGGAACUGGUAUAACACCAAUGAUCAGGCUUAUCUAUUAUGCCUUAAAUGAUCCAAAGAAAAAUAUCAGGUGUGUUAACUUAAUUUUCUUUAAUAAAACACAAGAAGAUAUUAUAUGGCGAGAAGAGUUCAAUAAACUAACAAAUCAAGAUGAAAGAUUCCAGGUAAAAUAUGUAUUAUCACAGCCAGAUAGUCAAUGGUCUGGUCCUGUUGGUCAUUUAGAUGAGGAGCUGGCUAAUCAGCAUAUACCUCCGUUUACUUCACUCGUUGAUCAGAACAUGUUAAUCUGUGCCUGUGGUCCUUCACCAUUCACUGCAAAUACUAUGAGAUUAGCGAGAUUACAAGGAUACGGCGACCAACAUAUACAUCCAUUUUUAGGAUAAUCCAGCAUUUUUCAUCUUGACCAAAGGGACACUCUCACUCCAUGUAAUUGUUGUUUUCCCUCAUUUAACCCCAGUAUGGCGUCCAUAAUUGUUGUAACAUGCUUACAGUUGCUCAUAAAAUACAGAACAAUACUCCAUGUUGACAUCAAAAUGAUGUUCCGAUGACAAAAGAAGGGAGAAGAGAAAAAACACCAUUUCAGUGCCAGCAAUUGUUUUAUGAGCAUAGAUUUCAUAGGGCUGUAGUCUUUACGAGGGGAUGAAGUGGGGUUAGAGGUUUUGUAGGCGUUGAAUUUGCUGCCUGUUACUAAGAUAAAUCAUAUUUUCAGGUUGAAUUAAAUCUUUACUAACAUCUUAAUUGAAAAGCCAUUCAUAACAGCUUGAUGCAAAGUGAGCAGCGAAUGCAUGCAGUUGCUUCAGCUGCUAGAAAUAGCAGUAAAAUCUCACUGAAAUCACACCCUACUACCCUAAUCGAAGAAAGGACACAGUGAAUGAUGUAGAUCCAGUUACAUUACAAAUAAAUAAAUGGCAGAUGGUGUUGGACUGUCUUUCACCAUUGGGUUGAUUAGUCAUGUCUGACAUAGGAUUUGAGAACAGCAUGCAGCAGUUAAAAUGAUAUUCUUUCUGUAAAUUUGCUGUGAUUAACCUCAUUGUUAUAGUGUGUGUGUGUGUGUGUGUGGUGUGUGUGUGUGUGUAUGUGUGUGUGUGUGUGUGUGCAUGUGUGUGUGUGAACAUCGGACUGUUAAUAAACAUUAUAAACAGAA